GGCUGGGUGUGUCUUGGGAUUGGUGGCUGGAGUGCUGCCAGCGCUUCGACUUGAACGGCCAUGUGGAGCCAUCUCGCCAACGAUCUUGCUUGCCAACGAUCUUGCCUCCGAUCUCAGGCCGCACUUGCUCCUCUGGAUAGCCGACUCCUGCACCUCUCCAUUCCGACGACUUUGCCCUGAUCGCCUCUCCAACCACCACCAGCUCCCCAUGCUGCCUUCCCGACUACCGCAACUGGUCCGCCGGAUCAGCACCCUCCCCCAUCCAACCCGCUGGGCUCCAUCCCGUCGUCUCGUCGACGCCCGCAGGAUUUGGACCACGGCCACGCACUCUGACCCUGCGCUGGCCGCUGCCCUCGACUGCUGCCUCGGCAAGCUCGAGUUUGCUUCCAGUGAUCACGCCGCCGGUGAACCGGUGCCGUCGCAGCCCGAUCUGUGUGUCGUGCUGGUGUCGGGCACUUAUCCCGGAGAGGACUUGCAAGCGCUGCCGGCCAAGGUAUUCAGCCGGCUCAAGCCCAAGUGUCUCGUAGGAGCCGUUGUUGAUGCAGUUGCCGUGCGAUCUCCAUCGGACCCGACAUCGUUUGCAUAUGGGCCCGGACUCAGCAUCACAACGACUGGAGGCAAUGGUCUCGGAGACACCGAAAUCAUCCCAUUUCACAUCCCGCCGAGCCGCCAUCGCCGAUUCAAGGCCGUGGGCCGAUGGCCUGAGCAGCUGAAACGGAGCAAUCUCGAGCCCGAUGCGGGCGAUCUGGGAUUCACCUCGGUCUCGACCCCGAGGCUCGAGGAUACCCAUGCAGAAGCUGCUGACGGACUCGCUUUCCCCGGUCUUGGAAGCCUCGGGGGCUCAUCGCCCAUCUUCCUGAUGUUUACCGACCGGGAGCCCCAUCGGUUUCUCUCGGCUCUCGACCGCCAUGUCCCCAAAGGCACCAAGUUCGGCAUUGCCGGCACACAGACACCGUUUAUCACAGGGACCCCGUACACCCUCUUUUACAACGACAAGGCGGUCCCGGAGGGACUCGUUGGAGUCGCAAUCACCCCCAAGGCCGAUGGUGACGAGUCCAAAAACACCCUGAUCAUCCACGAUCUCGAGAUCGCCCACCCAACCCUGGCUCCGCUUGGCGAGCCGCUGACAAUCACCAACUGUCGCGGAAACAUCAUUCUGGAGCUCGACGAGGGCAAAGCAUCACGCCAUCUGCUCGGCCAGGUCGAGGCCUACAUGCGCGAUGCCGUCCGAGCAACAGAUCGCCGACUGUACAUGCGAAUCUGGGACGAGGGUGACGAAGGAGAGUCGCAUGACUCUGUCCUGUUGAUCAUCAGCGGUGAUCCGACCAAAGGCACCCUUGCUUUGGAUACCACCAAGGAGAUUGUGAAGGGCAUGAAGGCGCAGUUUAUGAUCAGAGAUAAGGAGGGCGACGAGCUGCCAAGGUCUAUCGAGGACGCCCGAUCCACCAUCCAGUUCUCGUCUGUUCCGCAAGAGCACACUGUGCUCUCAGUCGCAGAUGACGCCCCACUACAGCCAGUCUUUUCGCUCGAAGCCAUCGCCGCUCAGAGCGAGUCGGGAUUUGUGUUUGGCACGGCCGAGCUUGCCAACGCUUCCAGGGACGAAGGAAGCCCACAAGAUGUCGUUGGCAAGGGCUCGGUCCUAUGCGAUCUCCCGCAUAGUGAGGGAAAGCUGUCUAUCUUUGUGAUGAAUGCAUAGUCCGUCGUGGGGCGUCCUGUUUUGAAGUUGGCUCAGAUCAUCAAAAGAAAUGGAGUGCGUGGGAAAGACCGACUGAGGUAAUGGCGAAUCCAGCCAGCCUUGACGAUCUGCGUCAGGGACCGUCGAAUCAAAACACACAAUCGCAUUGCUCGCUCAAUCAGGCCAGGCCCGUAUGUCGUCGGUGCUCGCGGACGCAGCG